CUAUUGUCGACUGUUUAUUGGGAACGUUAUCAGCAUUGAAUUUUGGUUUAAAAGCACCCGGACGUCCAGAGAAAUCGUUUAGUUGUAAUCCAGAACGCGAAAAUCAACACCAGCAGAUCACAAUGAAGUAUUUCCUUCUUUUUUUAACACUCCUCCCAGUGGCUUUCGCCACAUGGGUACCCCACACUAAGGAAGAUUUCCUCAAGUAUCGUCUAGAUUGCUAUAAAGAAAGCAAUAUUACCGAGGCUAACUUUGAGAAAAUAAAAAAACAACAAUUUGCCCACGAUCAUGAUACUUACUGCUAUAUACAUUGUCUAGGAUUAAAGUUGGGAAUCUGGGACGAACUUAAAGGAUAUGAUGUUGACCGAGUUUACGAGACCCUUAAAGUUCACAACUUGGAUGUAAAAAAGGAAGAUUUGAGCAAAUGUUUCCAUCAAGUGAUGGAUGCUGAUACUUGUACGUGGUCAGCAAUUAAUUGGAUGUGCUUGUGGGAGAGAAAAUAUAUUACUAAAAAGAAUUAAUUGUGAAGUGUGGAGCAGAAAGAUCCCGUGCAAUAAUUUUUUCAUUUUGAUUAAAGCAGCUUUUCAAAAU